CACCAGCUUGAACUCUACCUCAUAUGUCCCACCAAUCACGACAUGUCUCUAUCUGCUCAUUACCCUGAACCGGUCAAUUGCGACAACGUCAUCACGCCCCGUAAGGUUUCCCAAUAUUUCCUCUAGAUAACCCGCCCGGAUCCCCUACCCUUCGCUACUUUGUGAGCUAGCCUUUUCGCCGUUACAUUCGUCCGGCCGUGACAGGCGUACGCAGUUAGUAUUGGUCGGCUAGAAAAGUGUGGCGUAGUGGUGUUAGUGUGGAGUAAAAGUGGCUGGGUUGUCGUUUUUGGCCGCUUGUUUAUAAUGAACACACCACUAUCGGUACUCUCCUUUCCGUCAGCCAUACUCCUAGGUCUAGCGCUGUGGCCAUCUCGGCGAUAAUCCGUCUCCCUUUGAACCUGAACUCGUCCACAAACGCCGAAAUGAGCAGCGCCUUAAGACGAGCUCCGCCGCUCCUGUUCCCGCCCGCCUCGCGGCACACGGCUACCGUCAUCUUCGUCCACGGCUUGGGCGACACGGGCUAUGGAUGGGCUCAAACGGUAGAGAACUGGCGACGUCGGUCGCGGCUCGAUGAGGUCAAGUUUAUUUUGCCUCAUGCGCCCAAGAUUCCCAUCACCUGCAAUGGCGGCAUGCCGAUGCCAGGCUGGUACGACAUUUUUGCCUUGGGAGGCGCUGUGGACGACAUCCGCAAGAAUCAGGACGAGAAGGGCAUGCUGGUCAGUCGGGAAUAUCUGCACGGUCUGGUUCAGGCCGAGAUUGAUGCUGGUAUUCCAGCUGAGCGUAUAGUGCUCGGAGGGUUCUCACAGGGCGGUGCCAUGGCCUUGUUCAGUGGCUUGACUGCGAAGGUCAAGCUUGCCGGUAUUGUAGGCUUGUCGUGCUACUUGCCCUUGGAUAAGAAAGUCCCCGAGUUCCUCAAGGAGGCCGAACUUAAUGCCAAGACGCCCUUCUUGAUGUGUCACGGAACAGCCGAUCUAGUUGUCCCGACAGUCCUUGGCGUGGAGUCUUCCAAGGUUCUCGAGGCGAUGGGAUACGAUGUUACGUUCACCCGAUACGCCGACAUGGGUCAUGCGGCAUGCAUGGACGAGCUUGACGAGGUGGAGAGUUUUUUGCAAGCUUGUCUGCCAGCUCUGGGCGAGAAGCAGCCUGAACUGUAACGUACUGCAUGAUGACUUUCUGGAAGCCGAACCAUAGAUUUACAGCAUAAUAUAUCCUCACCUCGUUCGCAAUGAAUGGAUUAUCUUCACAACGGACUGACAAAAACUGGAUUUGGUUAACCCAGGUUGGUGCAGCUCAAAGCAUGCGUGACUGCUUACUCAAGAUAACAUCACCAAAGUCAUAAUCAUUUCCGAAG